AUGGCGGACGAGGUGCUCCACGCGUUACUGGAUCGAGUGCCCGCCUCCGCACCCGCGCGCUUGCCCAACUUCACGCGCCACAGCAUCAAGGGCCGGCAAUACCCCGCAGUGGUUCCCAAAGCGCACGACUCCGUGAUGGGGAAGCUCCUCCUCAACCUCUCCCCUCCAGAGAUGAACCUCUUUGAUGCAUUCGAAGAUGUUGAGUAUGUGCGCUCCACCCAGCCAGUUACCCUACAAGGGGUAAUUACCCAGCCGAUUUCCCCGGAAGGGUUAGUUACCCCGUCGGUUUCUGGGCAGGGGUUGGCGCGAGAUGAGGGAGAUUCGCAGGCAGCGGAGCAAAUUGAACAGCUGCAAGCAGGGGAGGAGGCGAUCAAGGCGUUGGGAGACGGAGGAGAGGGAGAGAUAGAAGCGUUUGUGUAUGUGUGGGCGAAUGCGGAUGACCCUGACCUGUAUGGGUCGUGGGACUAUGAGGCAUGGAGGCGAGGGCACAUGGAAUAUUUUGUAAUUAGGUGCCGAUCUUUUGCAAGGGGUUGGAGGGAGAGGCAGGGUCGCAGGCUUGCAAGCAACUUCUAG